ACUCUUGUUUCGCUCCUUGACAACCCUGGCGGGGGUGCGCAGGCUGCGGCCUCGGCUCCGGCCCCCGCGGGAGCAGCACCCCUUGGGGAAAGACACUUUUCUGCUCCCACCGAGUUGGCAGGGCCUUCUUCCUGAAGCUCCUGGCUCUGUCUUAAUUGUCAGUCUCAGCACCUCCUGAAAGUCCCACCCUCCCCUGCAGUGGCCACCGUGGAAGGACGAUGGGAGAGACUGAAGGGAAGAAAGAUGAGGCUGAUUAUAAACGCCUGCAGACCUUCCCUCUCGUCAGGCACUCGGACAUGCCAGAGGAGAUGCGAGUGGAGACCAUGGAGCUCUGUGUCACAGCCUGUGAGAAAUUCUCCAACAACAAUGAGAGCGCCGCCAAGAUGAUCAAGGAGACGAUGGACAAGAAGUUCGGCUCCUCCUGGCACGUGGUGAUCGGUGAAGGCUUUGGAUUUGAGAUCACACAUGAGGUGAAGAAUCUACUCUACCUGUACUUCGGAGGGACCCUGGCCGUGUGCGUCUGGAAGUGCUCCUGACACUGUCCCCCGCCCUGUCCCCACUCCCUGAGGGACGAGGAGUCACCCCAGUAGGCUCUGUUCUGCCCGGGAGAGCGGGGUCUUUUCUUUUCGUC